AUGGUGACAUUCACGAGUAUUCCGGAGGGCGAGAAACCCUCAAUCAGCAUCCACCCGACCAACAAAAUCGCAAAGAUCAAUGAGAACAUCUAUGGUGGUUUCACAGAGCACAUGGGACGAUGCAUUUACGGCGGCAUCUACGACCCUGGCAAUCCACUGUCAGACGAGAACGGCUUCCGUAAAGACGUCAUUGAGGCAUUUCAGGAAUUGAAAGUGCCUGUGGUCCGUUACCCAGGCGGUAACUUUGUUGCAACCUAUGACUGGAGAGACGGCGUUGGUCCUAGAGACCAGAGGCCUGCAAGGCCAGAACUUGCUUGGAUCGGCACAGAGAGCAACGAGUUCGGUACCGACGAGUUUAUGAAAUGGUGUGAAGUCGUUGGCACUGAGCCUUACCUUUGCUUGAACUUCGGUACAGGUACACUAGCGGAAGCUUUGGGAUGGCUCGAGUACUGCAAUUCGGACCGCAACUCGUACUACGCUAACCUUCGCCGCAAGAAUGGUCGUGAGAAGCCUUACAACGUCAAGUACUGGGCCUUGGGCAAUGAGUGCUGGGGACCGUGGCAAGUCGAGCAGAUGACCAAGGAAGACUACGCAAAGAAGGCUUGGCAAUGGGCUAAGGCGUUGAAACUACUUGACCCUACGAUCACUCUCAUCCUUUGUGGCGAGACUGGUUACUCAUCUUGGGACUACUAUGUCCUCAACCAAUGCGUCAAGUGGUCUGUCCAUGGUCUGAGCGGCGAUACCACCAAGUCAUUCAUCGACAUGCACAGCAUCCACAUCUACACAGCCGACAACGAGCAUCUUCCGAAUGCCACUGCUCCAAGGGCUGCAGAGCGUGCCAUUCAGAUGACAAGUGCGCUUAUCGAUCUCGCUCGUAUCGAGAACAAGGUUCCUGAGACAGUCCCAAGGCCAACAAUCUGCUUUGACGAGUGGAAUGUCUGGGAUCCUGUCCGUGCACCUGGCGAGGAAGGUGCCGAGGAAAAGUACACCCUCUCUGAUGCCCUCGCAGUUGCCGUCUUCCUGAAUGGUUUCAUUCGCCAGGCCAAGGAUAUGGGUAUGGCCAACAUUGCACAAUCUGUCAACGUCAUCUCCCCUCUCAUGACUACCAAGGAUGGUCUCAUUAAGCAGACUAUCUGGUGGCCCUUGCUACUCUUCAGCAAGUACAUGCGCGGUCACACCAUCGCUUUGAACGUCAAGUCGCCUGAGUACACGGGCCGCACCAACCCCAACUGGAUUCGCGGAACCAUCGAGACACCAUACCUCGAUGCUUGUGCUGUCGCUGGCGAGGACGGAUACACCAAUCUAGCUGUCACCAACGUAAGCGAAGAAAAGGACUUUGAAGUCUCGCUGGACGGUAUCAACGCCGAUAAGGUCGAGGUCCACACCGUCAAUGGUGAGCACGUCCAGGUUACUAACACUGCCGAGGACCAGCAGGUUGGUAUCAAGGAGAGCUCGUGGGACGGCCAGGGUGCUUUUACGUUCCCUAAGCAUUCAUUCACUCUGCUCAGGUGGAAGUCUACCUAG